GAUAAAGGAUACAAAUGCAAUACCACACAUGGAUUCGGAGAAAUACGAUUUAGAAAAAAAUGAUACGAUUAAUAGUGAAACGGAAAAAUUAACUGAUAUAAAUAAUACAUGUAGUGUUUUAAUUGUAAAAUCACAAAAUAAUAUUCAUAGAAAAUGUGAACAAGAAUAUGUGAUAAAAGUUUAUCAAAAACGUUGGUUUUUAUUAGCGUUAUUUAUAAUUAUUACAGCGUUAAAUGGUAUACAAUGGGUACAGUAUUCGAUUAUUACGAAUAUUACGAUGCGUUAUUAUGGUAUCACUUCACGAAUGGUCGAUUAUACUUCGUUGAUUUAUUUGAUUACGUAUUUACCGUUGGUAUUGCCAGCAUCUUAUUUUAUGGAUAAAUAUGGUAUGCGUGCGACAUUGGUUACGGCAUCGUUAGGAAAUUGUAUAGGUUGUUGGUUCAAAGUAUUAUCAGCGGAUCCAGAUAAAUUUUAUAUUGGAUUCAUGGGACAAUUUGUAUUGAGUUGUACACAACUCGUUAUAAUUAGUACGCCAUCAAGUUUUGCAGCCGUUUGGUUUGGUGCGAAUGAAGUUAGCACGGCUUGUGCAUUAGGUGUGUUUGGACAACAAUUGGGUAUGGCAUUAGGAUUUAUUUUACCACCGUUAAUGAUCCGAAAUCAUGAAGAAUUAGAUUCAAUUGGAAAAGAUUUUUAUCGCUUUUUCAUGUUAAAUGCGAUAAUUACAACCGUUGUAUUGGUUUUAACAAUUAUAUUUUGUCAAAAACAACCCGAAUACCCGCCAAGCAAAGCUCAAGCCUUAAUCCGAGAGGGAAAAGCUGCAUCGGAUAAUUCAGUGAUGGAAACAGUUAAAUCAUUUAAACGUUUAUUAAAACAAAAAUCGUUUUUAACUUUAUUAGCGGUUUUUGGAGUAACAUUGGGUGUGUUUAAUUCAUUUUGUACGUUUCUAAAUCAAGUUAUAUUGGUAUAUUUCGCGGGUGGUCAAGUUUUUGCAGGACAAGUUGGUUUAGUAGUUACGAUUGCUGGAAUGGUGGGUUCAUCAAUAAUAGGAUAUAUUUUGGAUAAAACGAAAAAGUACAAAAUAACAGCAAUUAUAGUUAUCAUAAUGAGUACGAUUGGAUUGAUUCUUUUCAUGAUUUCUUUGAGGACAAAAUCAUAUACAUUAGUUUUUGCAGCCAGUGCAUUUUUAGGGUUAUUUAUAACAACAUUUAUAAGUGUGGCAUACGAAUAUGCUGUUGAAUUAACAUAUCCCGAACCAGAAGCAAAUACUGCUGGUUUAAUGUCUGCAUUUUCUACAUUCACUGGUGUAUUGGGCAUUGUUUUAUUUGGUGAUAUUAUUGAAUAUUAUGGUGAAUUUUUGUAUCAUGUCAUGUUGUGUGCGUUUAUGAUGAUUAGCGUGAUUUUAUCAUUUUUAGUUAGUAAUAAAUUAAAACGACAAGCUGUCAUUAUACUCGAAAAGAAACAAUAUCAAUUAUCAGCUGGUAGUGAAAAAUGAUAAAAUAAAAGAUUGAGUUCUCAAAUAAAA